GUAAUUUUUAAUAUAAAAGUUUAAAAAGAGAUUGUUAAUCUGAUAUGCUUGCAAAACUAGAUAAAAAGAUAAAAUUAUCAGUUAUUGAUAACAGAUUUUCCAAGCGUAGAUUAGUUGUAAGUGAUAACUCUCUUUCAAUUACAUACAACGAGUAAAAGUGCAACUAAAGUCUAAUUAUUAAUCAUGGGCAACAGUAGUUCAAAUCAUAUUCUUCCGGAAGAAUUAAUAGAAGAUUACGUUGAAUUAUCAUAUUUGACCAAAUUCGAAAUAAUUCACAUUUACAACCUUCUUAAUAACUUAGCACCAGGAAUCUUGUGCAACAAUUUGCAACAUCGCUUUACGAAGAUACAAAUAGAUAAAAUAUUACCCCAAGUUUCACACAGUCCAUUUAGAGAUUCGAUAUAUCGAGUGUUUUCUUCAAAACAAGACGAAUGUUUAAGUUUCGAGGAUGUUUUAGAUCUUUGUUCCGCUUUUUCCAAAAAUUGUCCCUUAAACGUUCGUUCAGCCUGGGCAUUUCUGAUAUUUGAUUUUGACGGUGACGAUCAGCUUGUAAUGGCUGAUUUAAUUGAAGCUGUAGAAAAAUUAACUAGGAUUAAUGAAAAUGAAAAAAUCAGGAAUCAACUUGAUCAUGAAAGUAUCGAACAAGUGGCACGUAUGAUGAUAUCUGAAAUGGAUUUCACCGAAAAUGGAAGUAUUUCCCCUCAAGAAUUUGAACGACUUGUUGCAAGGAUGCCAGACUUUGCUCAUUCUUUUCAAUUUAAUGUUUGA